AUUACAAAAAAAAUGUCAUGUGUCAUUUUAUUUGAAAUUACUGAACUGAUAGAGAAAAUAAAUAUUAUAUAAAAAAUAUAGUUUUUAACUAUUUUUUAAAAGUAAAUUCGUAAAAUCCUUAUAUCGAGUGUCCAGGAUACGCAAUAAUUCCACCACCGCAAGAUUUUGCUUAUGUAUCAAAUCAAAAACCGAAUCCUGAAUUACAGUGCAAAAAGUGCGAUUUAAGACUAUCCCCCGAUAAUUCGGCUAUAAUUGUUGAUUGUUUUCAAUGUUUGGAUGUGCCUGCACCACACCGGCCUGCGAAUAAAACUGAAAGAAACGUCUUAUAUAAGGUGUUUUUCAUAGAAAUUUCAAAUUAUACGAGUGUGGACGUGAAAGAAACCGAAUUUUUCAAUCCAGCUUGAGAAAACGAUAUUUGCAUGCUUGUUUUGAGGUUAUGCUCGAUCUUGAAAUUGUGACAAAAUAAUUUAUUAGGAUUUACUAGUACAAAAAUGUGGCCGAAUACAAUUAGAAGAGCUUCGUUCACAACAAUAAACUUCUACAAAAAAUUAUCGAGAUCAGCUUCGAACAUAGCCAAAGUUAGAACCCCCCUGGAAUGUUCCGAUAUACAAUCUAUAAAAAAGGGCGAAAAGUACCACGGUUUUUUAACCAAACGCGUAGAAUCCAUACCAGAAUUUAAAAUAACGGCGGUACUGUUAGAACACGAUAAAACCAAAGCCCAAAUAAUGCAUUUAUACAGAGACGAUACAAACAACGUUUUUUCCAUAAAUUUCCGUACCACUCCUCAAAACAGCACCGGUUUACCACACAUUUUGGAACACACUGUAUUAUGCGGUUCCGAAUUAUACCCCGUACGCGAUCCCUUCUUCAAAAUGUUGAACAGAUCGUUGGCGACUUUCAUGAACGCUCUCACCGGAUCCGAUUACACUCUUUACCCAUUCAGCACGCAAAAUUAUUCGGAUUACACUAAUUUACAAAAAGUUUAUUUGGACGCCGUGUUUAGACCCCAAUUAAAAGAACUCGAUUUCAUGCAAGAAGGUUGGAGAUUGGAAAAUAUCGAUCCGAACGAUAUCAAAACCGAUAUCGUGAUAAAAGGCGUCGUUUAUAACGAAAUGAAGGGAGUUUUCGCCGAAAAUGACAACAUACUCGGUCAAAAAUUACAAAAUUUGAUAUUACCUAAUCAUACUUACGGCGUCGUAUCCGGCGGGGAUCCCAAAGAGAUACCGGAUUUAACAUGGAACGAUUUAAAAAAUUUCCACAAACAACAUUAUCAUCCUAGCAAUUGUAGAAUUUAUUCGUACGGAAAUUUUCCUUUAUUACCAUCUUUGGAAUAUAUAGAUAAAGAAUAUUUAUCGAAAUACGCGUUUUCCCCGCCGACUCACACCAUAGUACCGAAUCAAACACGAUGGGAAUCCCCUAAAAGGGAACAUAUCAAAUGUCGUUUCGAUAGUUUAGGAGAAUCAAUCGAUAAACAGAACGCGAUUUCGAUUUCUUUGUUGUGUUGUGAUAUAACUGACGCUUACGAAACGUUCGUCGUGCAAUUUUUAACGGAAUUGUUAAUAAAAGGACCGAAUUCGCCGUUUUAUAAAAGUUUUAUCGAACCUAAUAUAUCGGGUGGAUUUACAUCAUCGACGGGUUUCGAUAACCAACCGCGAGAUAGUAUAUUCACCGUAGGUUUACAAGGCGUUAAAAAAGAAGAUUUCGAUAAGAUAAUAUCGAUAUUCGAUACGACUAUCGAUGAUUGUAUCGAUAAAGGAUUCGAACAGCAACAUAUCGAUUCGGUGUUGCACCGUUACGAGAUAUCGUUGAAACACGAAAAUAACAAUUUCGGUUUGGGGAUGUUGUUCGCUGUUACUUCAGCUUGGAAUCAUACCGAAGACGUUUUAGGACAUUUCGAAGCUAAUAAAUUAAUCGAAAAAUUAAAAAACGACAUUAAAAAUAAACCAAAAUAUUUACAGGACGUCGUAAAAAAAUAUUUCAAAGAUAAUAAACAUAAAUUAAUAUUAACAAUGUCCGCCGAUAAAGAUUACGAUAAACUAUUGAUAAAAGAAGAAAAAAAUAUAAUAAAAAAUAAAAUUAAAAAUUUAACCGAUAAAGAUAAAAGGGAAAUAUACGAAAAAGGUUUAGAAUUGCAAAAACAACAAAAAGAAUUAUCUCGAAUUGAAUUAUUACCGACUUUAACUAUCGACGAUAUUAGUUCCGAUAUCGAAAAAAUCGAUAAAGUUAAAGUGACUUUGAAUAACGUUAGCACACAAAUAAAUCGAGUGAAUUCGAACGGGAUCGUUUAUUUCAAAGCUAUAUUAAAUACGAACGAUCUAUCACCUGAACAACAGAUGCUUUUACCUCUAUUCUGUUACACGAUUCACAAAUUGGGUACGGAAAAAUUGAAUUUUCGAGAAUUCGAUAAUUUGGUUAAUAGGAAAACGGCCGGUUUGAAUUUUAACGCUCACGUCGGGGAAAGUCUGUUUCAUCUUCAUACGUACGAACCGGGUUUGGUAAUCAGUAGUUACGCUUUGGAAAAGAACGUCGAAAGUAUGUGGGAUAUUUGGAAUCAGAUAUUUAAUAUCGGCACGUUGAAGGACGUGCAGCGAUUUCGGAUGCUCGUUCAACUUUACGUCGCUAAUUUGACUAACGGUAUAGCCGAUGCAGGUCACGUUUACGCUAUGCAAUCGGCUUCCGGUUUAGUUUCCGGAUCCGCUUAUCAAGUCGAAUUGUUGUCCGGUUUACAUCAUGUAUCUUAUAUGAAGAGGUUGAUGCAUACGUCGAAUUUCAAGGCUAUGCUCGAUGAGAUAUUGAAUAUGGCGAAGAUAUUGUUCGAUAAGAAAAAAAUGAGAGUCGCCUUGAAUUUGUCGCCGGAAAAUCAAUCGAACAUCCUACAUACUUACGAAAAUUUUAUCAACAAAUUACCGGAAGCGGCUUGCCAACAAAUCCAGAGCGACAGCACCUACGUUACCGGUAAAGUGUGGUCGCCAACCGAAGCUGUCAACUGUCAACAUCACGUCCUCAACGUACCGGUUAAUUAUUGCAGCAAAGCAGUUCUAACUGUCCCCUAUACACAUCAGGAUUUUGCGAAAUUGAGAAUAUUGAGUAGGUUGUUGUCAUCGAAAUAUUUGCAUCCGGAACUUAGGGAAAAGCAAGGAGCCUAUGGUGGGGGAGCGAGGUUAUUACAAGACGGCGUAUUUUCAUUUUACAGUUACCGGGAUCCUCAAAGUUUGGCCACUUUGGACGUUUUCGAUAACGCCUACGAUUGGUUCCGAUCGCAAAUCGAUAAAAUUACCGGACAGGAUAUUUUCGAAGCCAAAUUGGGUAUCUUUCAAUCGGUGGACGCGCCCGUACCGCCUUGUAAUAAGGGUUGCGAUGAAUUCUUGAAGGGUAUAACGCCGGAUAUAAAACAAAGGCAUAGAGCCGAAUUGAUGAGCGUCGAUAAAACGGGACUCGAAGAAGUGGCUGAGAAAUAUUUGGGUCCGGAAAACGUUUUGAGAACCGGUAAAGUCGUCAUCGGUUCUAAAAACGAUAAAAUGAAUGUCAGUAAAAGACAGGAUGAAAUGUGGACCAUCGUUGAAAAUAUUGUAUAAAUUUUUUAUUGUUUUGUUGAUUUUUUUUUAAAUAAAUUUUUUAAUGAUUUUCUGUUGGAGUAUCUCCCCCUUGAUAAGAGGGUUAAUUUCUAAUCUCGAUGUUGCCGAAUUUUUGU